AUGGUGGACCAAGGUGUCUUGUACAAAUGCCUGAGCUGCCAUGAAGAUUUGAUACAGGACCUUGGCACCUAUGAGCUGGUGUCCAGGAACCAAGCCACUGACCCAGGUGGCUUGAUGGAAAUCAUUGCCUUGUUGGAGUCCUUGGUCAAGGUCUCUGCCACCUUCGAAGUGCAUUCAGGUCCACUCAGGACCUGUUUGCUGACCUUGGCCAAGGACAAGCCAAGCUUAAACACUUCAAAAUUCAAUGGGCAGGUCUGGGCCAACAUCAAGACUGAAAGGCUUGUGGUGGUCAUGGCUCACUGCAGAAGGCUAAAAAAUGAUGCUGAGAUGAGGAAAGCUGCUGCCAAGCUUAAAUCUGUAGACUACCAAAGGCUGCAGAAUCUGGUUGACAAAAUCAGAGACAAAGAUGAGCAGGAAGAGCCUGAAAGAAUGAGGGAUGACAUGUCCCUGGACUCAGAGGGAUACCCCAAUGAACUGAAAACAUCACCAGCCAAAAAAACCUUGACAAAAGGUAAGAGGUCUGCUGAAGAAUUGGAAGAUGAAGAGCACUUGCCAAAAGUGAACACUUCCUUCUUCAGGAAAAAGAUAGGGUCCAGGGCAGCCAAAUCCUCCAAGGCCUGGGGCCAAGAAGAUGAGGAUGAAGGCUUGGCAAAAGCCAUUGGCUUGCCAAAGGCCUUGCCAAAAGGACAAGCAAAGAAGAGGCCAGCAGCAACUCUGAAGAAACCCUUGACAAAAGGGACUGCAAAAAUGAGGAAACCAGCUGCAUCCUGCAGCUCAGGAAAGUCACCUGCAGGGGUGCAGGCAGAAGUGAAGCCCAAAGGCCAAAAGUGGCAUAAGUUGAAGGUGACAUAUGCAAAGAAACCUGAAAGGGCAUACAUCACUGCACAGUCUGCACCCAAGGAAAAAUUCAGGCUCCUGGUGGAGGGAGCUCAGAGAAAGCCUCUGCUGAGCAGCAUGGCAUGCCUUGACAAAAGGCUGAAUGCUGUGCACUGGCUGUGCACAAUGAAGCAAAGCUCCUUGGCAAAAGGUAUAGCUUUCCUUGGCAAAAGGCCAACUGGCAGUGGCACCACCUCCCAUGCCAGAAGGGCAAGGAUCCAGGCAGCUGCCCAAGAAAGGGACAGGCUAGCUGCCCUGGGGGACAGUGCUGCUUUGGCUGACAAAGCCAAGGAGGAAGCACAGAAAGCUGCUUCUAUGAAGAAGCAGGCUGAAGAGGCUGCUGAGCAGGCAGCAAGGACAGCUGCCCAGGCAGCUGAAGCAGCUGCAGCUGCCAGCCAAGCAGCUGGAUGGGUGGAAGUUGGGCCAUCCAGGAAAAAGCCCAGGAAAGGGCCUCCUUGCCAAAAGGAGAAACCAAACAAAAGGGAGCAGCCAAAGAAAAAGGAAACUCCUUGCCAAAAGGGGCAGGCAAACAAGAAGGAAACUCCUUGCCAAAAGGAGCAAGAAAAGAAAGAUGCUCCUGGCCAAAAGGAGCAGAAGGAAAGUGUCCCUCCUGAAGGUUCCAAAGAUGGGGUGUCAAAGAAACUUGGCCCUUCAGAGAAGGAACAAGCAAAGGAAAAGGAGCAGAGCAAAGGCUUGACAAAAGCAAAAGAUGAUUCCUUGCCAAAAGGAAAAAAAUCAAGCCAACAGAGCAGUGAUGAUGGAAUGAGUGUGGACUGGGGCAACAGUAGCUCCAGUGCCAGUGCCAGCUCUGGCACACCAUCACCUGGCAGCCCUGACCCCUUGACAAAAGGGGAUGAUGGCAAAAAGGGCUUGCCAAAAAAGCAGCCACCCAAGAGGGUUGCAGUGGACUGGCACAAGGUCCUGGUGCAUAACAACCUGUAUGACCUCACAGCCACCCCAUGGCUGCAGAAGCUCAAGGAUGCAGGGUAUGAAGUGCACCUGUUGAGCUACUGUGGCUGGAAGAGAAGCCAUGAGGUGUAUGACUGGGCCUGGUUUGAAUGGAAUGGCUGGGCCUCUGUCAGCUUCACCUGGAAGCAAUGUGGCAAGGAAGGGAAAGCCCAGUGGUGCCUGGACAAUGGGGUAAGCAAGCUGGUGGAUGACAAUGCUGACAUUUGUUCUGAAGCCAUUCAGUUUGGCACCCAGGCUUACCCCAUUGUGCCUGCUGGUCAGAGAAGGAAAAAGGGGCAGCCUAAGCUCCAAAGCUGCUUCUCUGACUUUGCAGCUGCAGCCAUUGACAUCCUCAAGGCCCAAGAGGCUGUGGCACUGCAAUGGGAAACCUUGGCAAAAGGUUCAUGGAUGCUGGCAGGUUCUAGCAAGGACACACCCUUGACAAAAGGAAAGCAGAAAAAUGCUUUGAACAAAAAAGCAUUGGAUGACCUGGGGGAGCUAAGCCUGAAAGAAAGAAUCAAGAAAGCCACAGAAGGAGCUGAGACUGCAGAAGAGGCAGUGCUAGCAUUGAAAAAACAAUUGACCCCCAAGGAGCAGCAAAGUGCAUGGUCCAAAAUGAAAACCAAAAUGAAAAAUGACCCAGCAGAAGCAAAGAAGGUGGAAAACAUGUCCAAGAAGGAAAUUGGCAUCUAUGCCACCAUGUGCCUCUUGAAGGCUGAGGCUCCCAAGUUCAUGGCCUUAAAGCAGGAGUUGAACUCAGGUGUCUCCUUGACAAAAGGAGAAACAUGGGAGUCAGAACUUCAGAUGCUGCAGAAAUUUUCCAGAGAAGAGCUGGAGCUUCACUUGGCCUCUGGUCGAGUGAAGUGGAGAGCAGACCCAUGGACAGGGGGAUGCUACCAAUACCAAGACCAGGGGGACAUCAAGAAAACAAGUACUGUCACCCAUAGCAAUGCAUAUGCUUGGGGGCAGGAAUAUGAAGCUGAGAAUGAAGAAGCUUGGGACAGCCACUUCACCAAGGACCUCAGCAGCCACCUUCUGGAACUGGAAGGCAAAGGGAAGGGCAAAGCCUUGACAAAAGGAAAGCCAGCCUCAAAGGGAAGGGGCAAAGGCAAAGCCAGAGGACAGCCUCAACUGGCUUUGGAAGAUGGUGACCCCAAUGAGGAUGAUGACAAUGAUGAUAAGACAGAGGACCAGGAGUGGUCCACAUGCUUGACAAAAGCAAGGAAAGCCAGGGACCUCUUGGUGAGCAGCCAGGCCAAUCUGCAGGAGGAUAUGGCAAAAGCUGCCAGCUGCCAAAGGCUGAGCAAGGGCACCAAGAAGGAUGCAGACACACUGCUCAGCAAAGCCCAAGCAAUGGAGAAGAAGUGCAAAGACCUCUUGCUCAAGGGGAAGAAAGCUCUUAGCUUGACAAAAGCUAAAGGUCUGAUCCAGGAUGCCACCACACUGAGCAAGGAGCUGAAGGAUCAGAAGAAGGAGAUCUCAGUUGUGGCAAACAAAGCCUACUCCAAGGCUAAAAGAUUGAGAGGUCACCAGUUGGAGCUUGAGAAAAGGAAGGGCAAGCCCUUGACAAAAGGUGCACAGGCUGAGAAAAGUGGCUUGGUCACCAAGCUCUUGAGCCUGUGGGCCCAUGGGCAGUUGUCUGCCACCCUUUGCCAGCAGCUUGCCCACCUGGCUGUCUUGGAUGGAGCCCACCAUGAGGAAUUGAUACAGAUGGCAUCUGCUGGCAACUGGGGCGAGGCCAGUGGCAACUGCCACAGAGACUUCAUGUCAACACAUUGCAAGGGCAAUGCAUUGACCAAAGCCUAUGAAGUAGAUGUGCAGGUCAGGGACCCAAAGACUUCAAAGGUGGGAGUUGAAACUGCUUCGCUGUACUUGCCACAUCUGCUUUUUGCAGACCUUGCUACAUCCUACUCAGAGCAGUUUGAGAAAAUCUUUAAAUGCUCUGAGCUGGCAGCAUUCUGGAAAAAUGUGGAAGCAGUCAAGGAUGAGAGGCUGCAAGGCCACCCCAUCUGCCUUGACAAAAGGCAAGGCCUUGCCAAAAGGCAUGUGGUGAAUGCUGAAAGAACAGUGCCACUGUUCAUUCAUGCAGAUGGUGUGGAGUUCCAGACCAGGGACACUAUCAUGUGCUGGAACUGGGGAGGGUUGCUUUCACAGUUCAGCAGCCUCCAAAGCCACAUGCUGAUCUGUGCCUUUCCAAAGUCUUGCACCAUGGAGUCGACCUGGACACCCAUCAUGAAGUACAUCAAAUGGUCACUGGAAAGUUUGCAAGAUGGCUUUCACCCCUGUGUUGGGCCAGACAAUGAGCCCUUGCCAAAAGGGUCUAUGUUUGAAAAACUGGCUGGAACACCACUCACUCCUCAAGGCUUCAGAGGUGUGGUGUGGUCCAUCCAAGGGGACCAUGAGAUGUACAGCCUGGUGCUGGGCCUCCCUCAUUGGAACAGCAAGUUUCCCUGCUGGGAGUGUGACUGCCAGCAACCCUUGACAAAAGGGGUGCCAUGCCCUGAAGGAAAAUCUUUUAAGUUGCUGAAGGAAGAAGAGCAGGCCUUUGAAUGCUUGAGCCAUGCAGAAGCCUUGACAAAAGGCAUGGAACAGCACCCUCUGUUCCAAAUUGAAGGCUUGAGCACCAAGAUGGAAUACCCAAAGCUGGACUGCAAAGCAGCAGAGUGCAAGCAUUUCAUGCCUGCUCUUCUGCCUGUGAUCAAAGCCAUGCUUGAUUCAACAGAUGAGGUGCACCAACAUAUGGUGCAUGCUCUGUCAAGCAUGGUUGAUUUGAUCCAGCUUUUUGAUGAUGCUGGGAUGUUCCUUGACAAAAGGACAUAUGGCCAGGCCAGGAAGCUAGCCAGGCAAUUCUUUUCCAGCUACUCCUGGCUGAAUGAGUGGGCAGAAGAAGCUGACAGAUAUUUGUUCCACAUCACCAUGAAGUUUCACACCUGUGGUCACAUGGUCAAGAGCUCCUGUGAUAUCAACCCCAGGUGUUGCUGGAACUUUAGGUCAGAAGAUUUUGUGGGCAGGAUGAGCACUUUGGGAUCCAGUGUGGUGCAUGGAGUCAAGUCUACAAGGCUGUGCUCCAAAAUCAAUGACAAAUACCAAGUGCUCCUGCACCUCCAGCUCGACAGGCACACCUUGACCAAAGGAUCCUGGCAUCUCCCUUUGACAAAAAGGAAUUUCCUUGUGGGAACUCCCUUGGCAAAAGGGUUUUGGUCAACAAGAAGCCUUGGCAAGAGGCUAGCCUUGACACAAGGCUUGCAGAGCUUCCUUUACAAAACAACAUAG